CACGGACACGGACACGGAGACGCGCCGUGCGUGCGCGCAGCCCGCCGAGGUAAGUCCAGCCCCCAGCAUCCAGCGGGGCCAUCCUUCUGCUGCUGGAUUUUUCCAGCCGGAGCAUCCUGCCGGCUCUGCCGUGAUUUAUGGAAAGCGGUUUCUGACGCGGGGCUUUUUCUAUUACGACACUGACCCACGGACUGGAGGAGGCAAAGCUGCAGUCAGGGCAGGAGAAGUGAGGGAGGGGAAGAGGCGGGAGCACAGGGACACGGAGGAGUGGAGAGGACAGAGGGAGAAGCAGGCACCGAGACACUUCAGAGAUGGGUGAGUUAUAACUGAGAGAGCAGGAGGAAAGGCAGAGAAAGGAAGAGAAGGAGAGCCGUGAGGAAGAGAAAGGGAAAGGAGAUCAGAGACUGAGUCAGCCUCCAGAGGGCAAACACCAGGAGACGAGUUCGGGGAACACCCCAGCACACCAAGAAGGACCUGUUCCGUCUGAAUCUUCCCCAUGAGCACAAGGAAGAGCUGCCCCCCGGCACUGGGGCAAGGAGACCAGGAGGAGAAGCAGAGCGAGGGCGCUCCCGACCUGGAGCGACAGGAGUGUGAGAUGGAGCUGAGGAACAAAGCUAUUCUGCAACAGAAGAGGCGCCUCAAACAGGCCACCCAGUUCGUGCACAAGGACUCUGCUGAUCUGCUGCCCCUGGAUGGCUUGACAAGGCUUGGCACCUCCAAGGAUCUGCAGCCUCACAGCGUGGUCCAGCGGCGCCUCUUGGAAGGCAACCUGAACAAGCUGCGGGGCGAGGCCAGGGGUCUGUCUGCACGGGUUCAGUCUCCGCUGGCCAAGGACCAGGAUGAAAAGAUGGAAAAGGGAGAGGACAGGAGAAAAGAGGCUUCACCCCUGCUAAUACAGUGCCAGUGCCAAGGUCAGGUAUUGAAAGCAACUGUUAACACUGGGUGUCUACCAAACCUCAUCUCCAAGAGGUGUUUAAACCAGCUGGGGCUGGAAGAAGUGUCUGCCAUGGACUGUGGAGACCUCUCUCCUCCCAUCCCCAGCGUUGUUGGCCGAGUAGAACAUUUGGAGUUGCAAUUUGGCCAGGAGACAGUGCUGUGUUCAGCGCUGGUUGUAGAUGAUGAAAUGCUGGAGUUUUGCAUUGGCCUCCAGACUCUGUUGUCUCUUAAGUGUUGCAUCGACUUGGAGGAAGGAGUGCUGAGAUUUAAAGCACUGAGUGAGGAGCUGCCUUUUCUACAUGCCUCUGAAGAGCCUGGUCAGUGACUGGCUGCAUUCCCCAUGUCUGGAGACUUGCUGACAUGAGAGAGAGAUGAGGGUGAGGCUCCCAUGCCCCAAACCUUGCUGAGUUCUAGGCUGAGGCAUUCAAUGGGGAGUGAGAAAAAGGCAAGUGGGUGCUGGAAGCUGUCACUGGGAGUGCCUCAACUUGAGAUAUCCCUCCUUUCAGUGGACCCUCUUGCUUGUCCUGAUGUGCCAAGUGGGCAUUUUGUUCUUGUUCUGCUAUUUGGCACUAGUCACUCCAAUUUCUGGUUCUGUAAUAAAUUUAUGCUACCCCUUUAAUGACUUUACAACACACUCUGUUCACAAGAGAGUCUCUGUGAACAAUCUAUCUCCAGUUGUUCUGUUGACAGGAGAACAGCGUUUUCUUCAAAGACCUCCAAAGAUUACCACAAAUGUUUUCCUUCUCAUUGCCUCAAUGCCAGUGUACACCAGUCCUGUUUCUUUGUCAGAAGGGCUCUGUUCCCUUUGUCUGUACUCUGGGAAGCUGGAUUUUGCUGCUUUUUGCUGGCUCAGAGCAGAACAGAAGUAUUUUCUUGGGAAAACUGUGGCAAAAAGUUAUAGUUCUCAGUUCUAAGAAACCUUCACAGAAAUGUUGAGUGCAGACACCUAAAACACUGACAGGGGCUUGGGCUUUGCCAUUGCAUCUCUGGGCACUGAGCUAUAUUAUAUGAAUGGCAAUGCUUAUCAUCUCUUGGUGUACA